AUGGCGCUAGCAGCACUCCCUCUAUUGUCUAAUCGUCCAUGCCAUUGCUCUUCUUCUUUAAUAGCCUUUCUUCCUUCACAUUCCCGUCAACCCUCAACCUUUUUCCCUCAUCUUCAAACUCAACCCUUCCUCUCCCCACUCACCAAAUCACAACCACCAAACAGCAGCUCUUUCCUUUUCCAAUUUCGUCCCUCCAUCCACUGCCGCUGCACUUCCCACAAGUCCAAUGUCGACUUCCAAUUCGUGUCACUCGUCUCUUUGUUUCAAGAAAUCGGUAUCAGCUUUGAGGAAACCGAAUCGCUCUUGAGCAACGCUUCCGAACUUAGCUCGAUACAACUAGAUUCAUUGCAUGGUCGCAUUCUUCUUCUACAGUCUCUCGGGUUAGAUCGUGUGUCCAUCAAUCAGUUAGUUACAAAGCAAUUAAAUGUGCUAACUUCUAAUGAAAUUGACCCUUUGUUAAGCUUUUUGAAAAAUGAAUUGCAUGGACAGCUUAAGCAAGCUAAGGUGAAACUUGUUUUAUCAAAAAAGUUAUCCGAUUUUCCUCACAAGGUUCAAUUGCUUCUUGACCGUGGAAUUGCGGGUGACAAGAUUGUACAUGUGCUUAACAAAGUAGAUUUGUCAAAGGCAAUUUGUCAUAGGUCGAUGGAAGAACUUGAAAGACUCAAACCGAGAAUCAGGGUUCUUACUGAGUUAAGUGGCGGUGACGAGAAAAGUGUUGGGAAAGUGCUGAAUAAGUUUCCUAUUAUCUUGAAUUAUAGGGCGGAACAUAUUGAGGAACAUAUAGAGUUUUUAAGGUCUUUUGUAGAACUUGAUGAUCAACAAAUAUUUAAGAUAGUGUUGGUGUUUCCAGCAAUCUUCACUAGUAGUAGAGAGAGGAAACUGCGUCCUAGAAUACAAUUUCUCAAGGAUUGUGGGUUAGAUUCUUGCGAAAUCUUUAUGUUCUUGAUCAAUGCACCAGUGUUUUUGGCCAUUUCGUUCCGAGAGAACCUUGCGUAUAGGCUUGUGUUUUUGGUCAAGCUUGGGUAUGAAUAUAGGACAAAAGAGUUGCCAGUGGCGAUGGGGAUUAGUUCUAGAGUGGCCUGUGAGAAUAUGCAGAAGACGUAUAAUCACGCCGCUCUAGAGAAGAAGAUGAAGUAUUUGACGGAGGAGAUGGAUCAUGACAUUAAGAAGUUGCUUUCCUUUUCCCUGCAUUUCUUUGAUACAAUUUAG